CGCACUGUAUUAAUUAAUAAUGAAAUAAACCCUCCUGACUUGCCCCCCUGCUGCCUGUUAGCACUCUGUCCUCUUGCAGCCCGGGCGCCCCUCCCCAGGGCUAGGCAGAUCUUUAUCUGUCUUUAACAGAUUAGCAGAUUCAGAGACUGGAAAAGCAGCUAGAGCAGAGAGCCCGCUGGUGUGCUGUGUUAAAAGAGAGCUGAGACACAGAACUGGAAGAGGAGCGAAUGAAAAAGAAGAGUGAAAGAAACAGAUGAGAAAGAUCUACGGGAUAAUUACAAAGAAAGACAAACAGGGUGGAUUUACAAAGGGAGGGAGCUGUCACUGUCCUGGCUCAUGGACUGUGGGCUGUGAGGAGCUCUGGGGAUGUACGCUGUUGUUCUCUGAAGCAGCUGAAGCCCCUCUGCACCCCCUCAGAGAGGAAGACAGAGCCUGCCGACACCAUGAGGCUGCUGCUGCUGAGCUGUCUGCUGCUGACUGGAUCCCUGAAGGCCCUCGCACAGGAGCAGCUGGAGGGAAGCCAAGAUGCUGCUCUGGACACGUACUGGUCCGGGACGGCCCCCCUGUGUGUGGGCAGGUGCCGGGGAAAACACAAGGAGCUGAAACAGGACGACUGUGGGGAUGGGAGCUGCUGCUGGCUGGGGUACAAGUCCCUCUGCAGAGUGAACUGUGGGAAGCCGGACUCUGAUUUCAACUCUCUUGUUUUUGGGAAUGACUGGUGGGUGGGCUCGGUGGUGAGGUACACCUGCCGGCCUGGCUUCCUGCUGAUCGGGGACCCCACCCGGGCCUGCCAGUCCGAUGGCAAGUGGACACCCAAACCCAGCUGCGUCCGGAUCUGCCUCCGCGGCCGGCUGGAGAUCAACGAGAAGGACAUCGACGGCAGCUGCUCCUCCACCUGCUCCUCCAAGGCCCACUUCAGAUCCCUGAACCACGACUGCAUCAAGAUCGACAACUGCCUCACCAAGCAGUCUGGCUGGAAGCGCUGGUUCGUGCGCUGUGACUUCUGCGAGUGUGACUGCUUCAUCCCCUGCAGUGAGUCUGAGCAGCACCGCACACCCAGCUCCUGGGCUCAGUACAGCUAGGGAGGGAGCACUGCUUCACCCCCUGCAGUGAGUCUGAGCAGCACCGCACACCCAGCUCCUGGGCUCAGUACAGCUAGGGAGGGAGCACUGCUUCACCCCCUGCAGUGAGUCUGAGCAGCACCGCACACCCAGCUCCUGGGCUCAGUACAGCUAGGGAGGGAGCACUGCUUCACCCCCUGCAGUGAGUCUGAGCAGCACCGCACACCCAGCUCCUGGGCUCAGUACAGCUAGGGAGGGAGCACUGCUUCACCCCCUGCAGUGAGUCUGAGCAGCACCGCACACCCAGCUCCUGGGCUCAGUACAGCUAGGGAGGGAGCACUGCUUCACCCCCUGCAGUGAGUCUGAGCAGCACCGCACACCCAGCUCCUGGGCUCAGUACAGCUAGGGAGGGAGCACUGCUUCACCCCCUGCAGUGAGUCUGAGCAGCACCGCACACCCAGCUCCUGGGCUCAGUACAGCUAGGGAGGGAGCACUGCUUCACCCCCUGCAGUGAGUCUGAGCAGCACCGCACACCCAGCUCCUGGGCUCAGUACAGCUAGGGAGGGAGCACUGCUUCACCCCCUGCAGUGAGUCUGAGCAGCACCGCACACCCAGCUCCUGGGCUCAGUACAGCUAGGGAGGGAGCACUGCUUCACCCCCUGCAGUGAGUCUGAGCAGCACCGCACACCCAGCUCCUGGGCUCAGUACAGCUAGGGAGGGAGCACUGCUUCACCCCUGCAGUGAGUCUGAGCAGCACCGCACACCCAGCUCCUGGGCUCAGUACAGCUAGGGAGGGAGCACUGCUUCACCCCCUGCAGUGAGUCUGAGCAGCACCGCACACCCAGCUCCUGGGCUCAGUACAGCUAGGGAGGGAGCACUGCUUCACCCCCUGCAGUGAGUCUGAGCAGCACCGCACACCCAGCUCCUGGGCUCAGUACAGCUAGGGAGGGAGCACUGCUUCACCCCCUGCAGUGAGUCUGAGCAGCACCGCACACCCAGCUCCUGGGCUCAGUACAGCUAGGGAGGGAGCACUGCUUCACCCCCUGCAGUGAGUCUGAGCAGCACCGCACACCCAGCUCCUGGGCUCAGUACAGCUAGGGAGGGAGCACUGCUUCACCCCCUGCAGUGAGUCUGAGCAGCACCGCACACCCAGCUCCUGGGCUCAGUACAGCUAGGGAGG